AUGACGCCUGGUGGAAAACCUUCGAACUCCUUUCUUUGUAUUCCCAAUUUUUCGAAAAACAUCUCGAAGCCGACGCAUACUUUUUCGGCAGCUUGGUUCAGCGGAGACUUCUCUGGUGUAAAUUCCCUGCUCGAGCGCGCGGGCCUUGGAGUGGGCGAACUGGGAGAGGGCUUGGCGUUUGAUUGCGUUUUUGGCUUCGGAGGAACGUUGUUUGUAGGCGGCGUGGAAGGAUUCAAUUUCUUGGAGGAAUGUUUCUUGGAAUUUGGGUUUUAA